AUGGAUUCCAGCGCAGACGUUGCCGACUCUACGGACUGGCUCGGCACCUCGCUGGCCUGUCUGGCGCCGGUCGAGCAGGCGCUUCGCUGCCACGUCUGCAAAGACUUUUACAACUCGCCGAUGAUCACGUCCUGCAACCACACGUUCUGCUCGUUGUGCAUACGGCGCAGCCUGUCAGCCGACGGGAAAUGCCCACUUUGUCGUAUGGCGGACCAGGAAUCCAAACUGCGUGGGAACUGGGCUCUGCGGGAGGUCAUCGAAGCAUUUUGCAAGGCGCGGACUACGGUGUUGGGCGUGGCACAACGGCCAACGAGUCCUCCGGCGCGACCGACGUCACUACAGCCAAAACGAAAGGCAGAAGAGGCGGGUGAGGCGGGAGCAGAUGAGGGAAGCAGCAGCGGUGACGGACCGCACACAAAGCGGACACGGACAUCAGCACGCCUGAGCAAGGCAAAGGCUGCCGAGACUGUUGCGAGCAUGCCAGAAGACGAAGUCAUUGAGAUCAUGUCACCAGAGGAUGCCGGCGACGGCGACAUGGACUACGAGCCAGACGACGGUCUCGCGGCAUGUCCAAUAUGCUGGACACGCAUGAAGCCAUGGCAAGUAGACCGCCACAUCGACACAUCGUGUACCGGCUCGCCCCAAAAAGUAAAAGCAAUUUCAAAGACGACAGCAGCGGCAGCAGCUGCAGGUGGUGCCAACACGCGAUUCGGGAACCCAUUCUCGGCCGUUUCGACACCAGCGCCACCGCCACCGGAGCGGAUCCCGUCGCUGAGCUACUCGCUCCUGACGGACACGGCGUUGCGAAAGAAGCUCGCCUCGAUGGGACUCUCGACCGCCGGGACACGACAGCUGCUCGAACGACGCCACAAGGAGUGGCUGACGAUCUGGAACGCGAACUGCGACUCGGCGCGGCCGAAGCGCAAAGCCGAGCUGCAGCACGAUCUCGACGUGUGGGAGCGAACGAUCGGGAGCAGCAUAGGGGGUGGCGGUAGCAGCAACAUGGGCGGACGAGGAUCGGUGUUGGCGUCGCGGUCAGUAGCAGUGGCCAGCCAGCAGGUGGCGCGGAUACGAGAUAAGAACUUUGACAGCGCCGAUUGGUCGACAAAGCACAACACGUCGUUCAAGGACUUGAUUGCGAAUGCGAGACAGUCCAGAUCAAGGGCGGAGGGACCGAAGAAGACGGAAGCAAUACCGGACGACGGGCUAGUGCUGACGUCAACAGAGGCAGAAGCAUCGGUAGACGAGGCGAAGCCACAGACGACGGAGGAUGGCAGUAUGGGAGCAAUGCCAGAACAGCACCAGAACCAGCUAGAAAGAGAAGCGGAUGAGCUACAGAGUCGCCAUCGGCCAUAA